AUGUCGGUCCCCAGGCUCCGACACCCCCGCCAGGAGUCGCUCGAGCACAUUCUCAACUUUACCAUCGACUUGAACUCGCCACCGUCUUCGCCCUCCGAGGUCCUUCAUCUACCACCAGACGAAGAGCGCGACGGGCCCGCUCCCUUUGCCCCGCCGGGGGGGAGGUCAGGCGUUCUCGAGGAACAUGCCAGCAGCCCAAGCCCAGAGGAUAAUAACGAUAACGAUAACGAUAACGAUAACGAUAACGACGACGAUAACGACGACGAACCAAGUACCAGCCCGCUCGUUCACGAGCUCUUUGCAGCGCUCUACGAACACGCUCCAACGUCCAGCGCCAGGCAAACAUUGUCCGUCUUGUCCUUCAUGCGCUCUUUAGUCCCAGCUCCCCCGACAACAACCACACCUCUGCCCUGCAGCGCUCCCUUGAAGUCAUUCUUCCCCUUGCCCGGGCGUGGCCCGCAUAUAUCUCCGAGUAGAAAGGUGGUGUCUACGGGACUCUCACACUCCUCGCCGUCGAGCUGCUCGACUGCUUCUUCCUGCCUUUCCUCGCUCCCAGGGCAGCCACAAACCCGCACCGCCCCACACUCCCUUCGCCACCUCUGCCGGUCGCGGGACGGCAACAGAUGCGUUAUCGGCCACCAGCAAGGGCACGUGUCCGCCCGCGGCAGGAGGCUCCCCUCGCGCCGCCAGACCUCAUCACAACCAUCCGUGCACCUUGAAUGUGCACACAUCAUCCCCCACAGCCUGAACCGAGCCGGCACCGGCGGACACCUCGCAGACGACAAGACUGUCGUCUGGCGCACCCUCAACAUGUUUGACCCUGGCGUCAGCUCGCUGCUACAGGGCGAGAGGAUCGAUGGGCCGGCAAACGCUAUGAUGCUGUACCCAGAGCUACACAACCAAUUUGGACUCUUGCAUUGGUAUCUUGAAGAGGUGCCUGGGGGUGGCGACGAAGCGGUCUAUGUAUUCUGUAGGAGUAGGGACGCCCCUCAGUUGCCGCUGUACUGUAUGCCCGCUGGGCUAGGGGGCACGGUCCGCUUCACGCGCAUGGAUGGUAGCCGGACGGAGCUGCCGAGCAGAAGGCUGCUGGCUGUACAUAGGGCGUGCGCAAAGAUCCUGGAGGUGGCCGGCGCAGCGGAGUAUGUGGAGGACCUGCUGGACGAGUUUGAGGAUGUGAGGGGCAGGACGGGGAUGGCGGGGGAUGGCAGCUCGGAUCUCGCGAUGCUUGUUAGGGUCAGGGUCAAGCACACAAUCGCAAUUGGGUUACCAAGAGCAGGGCCAUGCCGGAUAUAUAGCUAUGUUCUCCAAAGACACCAGAAAUCGAACUUUACAAGCGCGCGGCCACUCCGCGCCGGGAUGCGCCACCGAGCACAACGCGCUCUGUGA